AUGAGGCUCUCGGGGAAGCUGCUCUUGUUGAGCACGUCGCUCUUUACCCAUGCUCUUGCACAAGCAAGAAUCGCAUUCACCUCUGUCCCUGCCUUGGUAGUUGCCGGGCAAUCCUAUAAUAUUUCUUGGGCUGGCGGAGACGGUUCACCCGUCACAAUCACGCUGCGAGAGGGAGACCCGAAUGAUCUCAAGACGAUCGCGACGCUGGCAGAUGGCGUGACCGAGGAUUUCUUUGUCUGGAAUGUCUCGCAGAGUUUGGCGACUGCGUCAGAUUACGCACUCCAGAUUACGCAGGGACAGGACUCGAUCAACUACAGCGGCUUGUUCUCGAUCGCGGGAGGAAGUGGUACGUCGACGAUCUCAUACACAACAACGACCGCGACCAAUGCCACCGCAAGCUUGAUCAGCACCACAAGCACUGCAAUCGCUUCGUUUGGAAAUACCACUACAACUGCAGGCAAUAUGACUUUCAGCCCUGCAACCCUGUCGUCCACCUCGAGUACGAGCAUGAUUCCCGCUGUGACCCAACAUAUGACCUCCUCUUCCUCGUCCAGCAGUGAAGGCCUACCGAGCUCCACGUCGGCUGCGCCUACGGCGGCGGCCACGACAAGUGUGCCAGACGCUGGGGCCGCUGGGCAGCUGGGCAGCUCGGCUGCAUUGGUGCUAGGGGUUUUUGCCGCAGUCAUGUUCUUGAGUUGA